AGAGAGAGAGAGAGAGAGAGAGAGAGAGAGAGCGAGAGAGAGCGAGAGCGAGAGAAAGCGUGCCUUGAGACGCACACCACUCGUUUAUCAUCUAGUCGAGCAUACAAACGAAAUAUAUAUAUAGGUCUAUAAUAUAUAUAUUUUUGCCUGGGACGUUUUUACACUGCGGAGGGCUGCUUUGCUUUGCAAGAUGAGCGCCGGACAGACUUACGAGAAGAAGAUCGCGAGCAUUCUGACCGAUCUCCCAGGAUCUAUGAGUUGCCAUCCGAGCUCCAAAGACUCUCCGACCCUGCCCGAGUCGUCGGUGACGGACAUGGGCUACUACAGCGGCCAGGCGCCCCACGGCCACCACGAGUACUACCAGGGCCAGGGCUACGGGCAGCCCAUGAACUCGUACCAUCACCAGUUUAACUUGAACGGAAUGGGGGGGAACGCAGGGGUAUACCCCACGAAAUCCGAGUACCAGUACUCAAACGCGUACAGACAAUACGGACACUAUAACAGAGACCACCUGCAGGCGUCCCCUCACGGCUCAGUAAAAGAAGAACCGGAGCCUGAAGUUCGCAUGGUCAACGGAAAGCCAAAAAAGAUCCGCAAGCCCCGAACCAUCUACUCCAGCUACCAGCUCGCAGCGCUUCAGAGGCGCUUCCAGAAGGCGCAGUAUCUGGCCCUGCCCGAGAGAGCGGAGCUGGCGGCCCAGCUCGGCCUCACUCAGACACAGGUUAAGAUCUGGUUCCAAAACCGGAGAUCCAAAUUCAAGAAGCUGUACAAGAACGGCGAGGUUCCCUUGGAGCACAGCCCCAACGCCAGCGACUCCAUGGCCUGCAACUCUCCGCCCUCUCCCGCCGUCUGGGACAGCGGCACUCCGCAAGGAACACCCGUCCCCAGGCCUCAAGUCCCGCAGCCGACCCACAGCUCGUCGCCACCCUACCUGGAGGAUUACAACCACUGGUACCCGCAGGGACCGCACCUACAACACCCGGGUACCGUGCACCACCCGGUGCCGCAGCAAAGUGUCGGGGCGGUUUACUAAAGACAAAAGACUCGGAGCCAUUCGGAUUGCCGAGCGCCUGUAUUUCUCAUUGACUCUGCAGAGCAAAACAACAUGUAGGCCUACUGGAUCGGGAAGUCGUUUCGAAGACGCUGAAAUAACAAGCGAAACGUUUCCUUGGGGUUGUUUUGGAUGCGCGUCUCUUUACGCACCAGGACUCUGGUGGGUUUGGGCGAGAGUAGAGAUUGGACCCGAGACCGUCCUGGUGCCUGCAGCAGGUUGACAGGCACAGGAGGGACUUUGGAAUCACUUUGUGGCCUAUAUUUAAAUGACGUCUGGCGUGGUUUUUAAAUUAUUUAUCGUUUCUGGUUGUUUUUUUCUUCUUUAAAUUAGUUUUGUAAAUUAGUAUUAAAAAAAAAACAUGUUUAAAGAAGUUGUCUUACCAGAAAUCAAAGAAGACAAAAAAACUGUGCAGUUCAUCCAUAACGACGUACAAAUAAGGAAUAUGGGUUUGCAGAUGCGUGGGCCCUAUGUCGGAAACUCAGGUCAUAUUUAUAACGAUUUGUACAAAUGUUGAAGGCUGUAAAUAUGUGUUUAUAAGUAGAACCACUAUGACAUAUUUGUUUGAAAUUGAAAGCACUGCGGUGCCUACACAACGUUUUUAUAUUCAAGAACUUACUUCACUUGCCCUUCUAAUGAAUAAAGGCUUCAAUUACACUUCUUGUAUCGGUACUUUUUUAUUAGCCGUA